AUGUAUGUAAUUCCAUUGAAAGAUAAUGUUGAAGGAGAGGGAGAUUCUGAAAGUAGUUUGAUGGCUACAUCAUUCACUCAAGAAAAUUGUAGAAAACUACUUGCUAGGAUGGUUAUCUUGGAUGAAUUGCCACUUAAGUUCGUAGAAAGUGAAGGAUUUCACCAAUUUUGUCGGGCAUUAAAUCCAAAGUUUGUGAUUCCAUCAAGAGUAACCGUUGCAAAAGAUUGUUUCAAAUCCAUUGCCUAUUUGGUUAAAAAGUUUAAAGGCAGAAAUGGGUUGGUGUUGGAUGGUGAAUGUAUUCACAUUAGAUGUUGUGCCCAUAUGCUUAAUUUAAUUGUUAGUGAUGCCUUAAAAGAUUUGUAUGUGUCUAUCAUUCGAAUCAGAAAUGUUGUGAAGUAUGUUAGGUCAUCUCCUGCUAGAUUGCAAAUAUUUAAAGAUUUUGCUAAAGAAGAUAAGAUGUCAACAAAAAAUUGUCUUGCAAUGGAUGUUCUGACACGAUGGAAUUCUACUUUUACUAUGUUGGAUGGAGCAAUUAAGUGUCAAAAGACUUUUGAAAGAUUGGAGGAGCAUGACCCUAGUUAUUUGCCAAAGGAUGAUAUUCCUACUACUGAAGAUUGGGAUAAUGCAAAAGUGUUUGUAAAGUUCCUAAAGACUUUUUCAGAGGUAACAAUGAAGUUUUCUGCAUCUAUGUUUGUGACUUCAAACAUAUUUUUUCAUGAACUUUGUUUGAUCCAAGAAAUAAUUCGUGAAUACUCAUCGUAUGAGAAUGUAUUAUUGAGUCAAAUGACAUUAAGCAUGCAGACAAAAUUCAACAAGUAUUGGGGUAUAACUACAAGUGAGAAGACUAAUUUAUUAUUGUAUGUUUCUGUAGUUCUUGACCCUAGGUACAAGCUAGCUUAUGUGAAUUAUUGUUUUAAUGAAUUUUUGGAGGAAGAUUGUGCAAAAAUAUGGACGAAUAAGAUUGAAGAAGCAUUUCGUCGAUUGUGUGAUGAUUAUUAUAUGAGAAUGUCAAAAGAAAAAUAUUCACAAACACAAUCAUGUACACCUAUCGAAGGAUUUGGCUUUCAAAGUCAAAGUGAAAUACCUUCUAUCUCAUCUAGUGGAUCUUAUAAGGCACGUGCUACUGUUCAUGAUAGAUUUAAACAAAGUAACAAAACAUGUCUAGAUGAUGCUAAAACAGAGGUGACUCGUUAUCUGGAUGAGGCUCGUAUAGAUUGUAUGGGCGAUGAAUAUUUAGAUUUGCUAACUUGGUGUAAGGUGAAUUCCUCUCAAUUUAAGAUCAUUAGCCAAGUAGCUAGGGACAUCUACAGUAUUCCUAUAUCAACUGUGCCUUCUGAGUCCGCCUUUAGCACUGGAGGACGGGUGUUAGAUUCUUUUCGAAGUUCUUUAACUCCUCAAACUAUAGAGGCACUCAUUUGUGCUCAGAAUUGGAUUCAGUCUAAACCUUUGGAUGACAUGACUGAAGAAAUUGACGGGGAUCUCUUUCUCUCUCAAGAAUUAGACUUUAGAGUUGAGAUUUUAAGGUUUCAGAAACAAUUUGGUUACUUGCUUGCCCCUAAACAUGGAUAG